AUGGAUCGGAGUGAGCCCGAUAAGAUGACAAUGGAAGAUACAUACUUGAGCCAGCAAAUAAGAAACAUAAUAUAUGUGUGGUGGUCGGCACACGUGAAGACCCUGCGGGGGCACUCAGACUUGGUGUUUUGUGUGAACUUCAGUCCGCAGUUGAACCUGAUCGUGUCAGGGUCUUUCGACGAGACGGUUCGAAUAUGGGAGGUGAAGACCAGGAGGUGCCUCCACGCGAUCUGUGCCCACUCCAUGCCCGUCACGUCUGUGAGCUUCAACCGGGACGGCUCGCUCAUCGUCUCUGCCAGCCACGACGGCACAUGCAAGAUCUGGGACUCCUCCACGGCCACGUGA